CAGGUCCCCCACAAGGUUUGCCACCGAGAGGGGAGGAGGAGAAGACGACUUUCCGCUUCCGGACGUGUCCGACACGUUCGAACGAGGAGCUAAGUCAACAACUACUAGAGUAGCUAUAGCUAUAGCUAUACAUUAUUCUAUACUUCACCUCGUCUUCUGCAUCUAGAUCACACAUAAGCUACUCGAGACCACAAGCCAUGUCCGCUACCAAAGCUAUCAUCCUCGCUGGAGGUGGGACCAAGGGUGAGUCCGCCCGUUGUCGAAGCAUUGAGACAGCCGUCGAUCCCCGGAGGUUGAUACUCUCUAACCUUCGAUAUGUAUUAGGUACGAGGAUGCGUCCUCUCACCCUGGACACCCCUAAACCCCUCCUCCCUAUCGCUGGCAAGCCGAUGAUCUACCACCCCCUCCUAGCCUUGUCCAAGAUAAAAGGUCUGACCGAGGUCGUCAUCAUCGGGUUCUACGAGGACAGCCUGUUUGCGGAUUUCAUCAAACAGGCCAAGAGGGAGUUUCCCGGGUUGUCUAUCACGUAUCUGAGGGAAUACAGAGCUCUAGGGACCGCUGGGGGGUUGUACCACUUCCGGGACGCAAUCCUCCCCAACCUCAAAGAAUUCUACGUAAUCAACGCCGACAUCUGCUCCUCCUUCCCCCUCUCCGAGCUCUCCGACCUGCAUUCCAAGCACCGGGGCGUAGGUACCAUCUUGGGCGUAAACGUCGCCAAAGACACUGCUACCAAGUAUGGGUGUAUCGUACACGACCCCAGCUCGGCGCAGGUCUUGCAUUACGUGGAGAAGCCGGAAAAGUGGAUUAGCAGUUUGAUCAAUGGGGGCGUUUACUUGUUCGACAGGUCGUUCUUUGACGAGGUCAAGAUCGCCAUGGAGACCAAACAAAAGGAUGCCGCCGAAGACCCCUUUGGCGAACAAGACGACCUCCUCCGUCUCGAACAAGACGUCAUCGUCCCCCUGGCCGCCUCGAAAAAGAUGUUCGUCUACGAAUCCAAAGACUUCUGGCGUCAGAUCAAGACCGCCGGAUCGGCCGUCCCAGCCUCGGCGCUCUACCUGGCUCAGUUCCAGAAGACGAAUUCCAAGCUCCUCACUCCCCCUGGGAAAGCUGGGUCGGGUGGGCCGACGAUCUUGCCACCGGUGUUUAUCGACCCGACGGCAGAGGUCGAUGAGACGGCCAAGAUCGGGCCGAACGUCUCGUUGGGCCCCGCCGUACGGAUCGCCGCUGGAGCUCGAGUCAAGGAUGCCAUCCUCAUGGAAGGAGCGUUCGUCGACAAACACGCCUGCGUGCAGAACGCCAUCGUCGGCAAGGACUGCAAGAUCGGGCAGUGGAGUCGGAUCGACGGAGAACCCGCGGCUAUGGAUGGGGACGGCAAGCAGUUGGAUAUCACCAUCUUGGCUACCAACGUGACCGUCGCCAAGGAGACUGUCAUUCGAUCGUGCAUCGUCCUGCCGAGCAAGACGCUGACCUCCAGCGCCGCCGGAAGGGUCCUCUUGUAAAUUCGCUUAUCGAUCCGCAAGACCUUCUGCUGUAUGGCUUUUGGGCGGGUUUGGAUGUACCGAUGGAUGAACCGUAUGGAUCCACUGAAGAACAGGCCGACGAUCUUCGGCGGACUUGCCAAUCACACA